GGAGACUGGAGCCCAGGAUUUAAUUAGACCCUGUGUGUUACUGUCCCUUCCCAGCCUGUUACUGUGCUUGCUGCUCUCUCUGCCUGUCAGGAGUCUGCUGUGAAGCAUCUGGGAUUGUUGUACAGAGUGUGGAUCUGCUGUGCCUUCCCCUCAGUCUGUGCUGAAAGCACAUCUCGCCUGGGUGCCACAUUCCUCUCCUACCUACCAGGAUGGAGCCUCUUGACACAGAGUUGUGCUAUGACCCAGACCCCAGCAUUGUGCAACCAUCCUGCAACGGACAGACACCCCCUGGGCACAGGACACUGUCACCAACCCAGCAAAUGGACCACGAGCAGCAGAUGAAGAUCAGUGAGAGCGGCCAGUUCAGUGAUGUGGUGGAGAACAGAGGUUUGCUUGAAAGCAGCACCAGACUCAAACCUCAUGAAGCACAGAACUAUCGGAAAAAGGCCUUGUGGGUCUCUUGGCUUUCCAUUGCCAUCACAUUGAUUCUGGCAAUAGCGGCUUUCACCGUCUCGGUUAUGAGAUACAGUGCUUCAUCAUUCGGAUUUGCUUUGGAUGCUGUCCUGGAUGUUUUGUCAUCAGCAAUAGUAUUGUGGAGAUACAGUAACGCUGCAGCUGUACAUUCUGCGCACAGGGAGUACAUGGCUUGCUGUAUCCUGGGGGUGAUAUUCUUGCUUUCCUCCAUCUGCAUUGUAUCCAAAGCCAUCCAUGACCUCUCAAUCAGGGUUAUGCCAGAAGUGGACGGCUUUCUCUUCAGCGUUUCAAUUCUCAGCGGGAUCCUUUGCUCCCUCCUUGCAGCAAUAAAAUUCAUGUUGGGAAAAGUCCUAACGAGUCGAGCUCUCAUAACAGAUGGGUUCAACUCCCUUGUCGGAGGAAUUAUGGGUUUCUCCAUCCUUCUCAGUGCAGAAGUUUACAAGCACAAUUCUAAAGUCUGGUACCUGGAUGGGAGUGUGGGCAUCCUCAUUGGACUGAUAAUUAUGUCCUAUGGCAUCAAGCUGCUGAUGGACAUGGUUCCCAGGGUGAGGCAAACGCGUCACUAUGAGAUGUUUGAAUGAAGGACGCCCGAUGCAGUAAGAGAAAGAGACCCCAAGGCUGCUCAGCCAUCUCUUGUACAUAGGCAAAUUCUAACUGUAGGUUAAUGGACUAUGUGGGUUCCCUUGGAGUUAUUUAGGGGCUCAUGUAAAACACUCACCUGUACAUACAAAUGUUAUGUGCUUGUAAAUGAGCAAAAACAGUAUUUUUGUUACUUGGACUGGUGUGAGGACAGGGCAAUGCCUUUCUCUUUGUUUUCUCCCUGUAUCUGAUGCUGGAGAUACUUUACAGAAGUAGCACAUUGUUAGUGUGAGCGUCUUGCAUUGCUUUGUCCAGUUACACCCAGAGAGAAAAAGAUCCCCAAUUUUGUGAGAUUUCAGAAGACAAACAUUUAACAGGAGCUGCUGCAAGUGGCGGCUUUGGACCCUCGCUCCCAACAGGGACAGAUGGUUCUCUGAUUAGCACAGGUGGGCUGUCACGUUAACGAAGCCACUGAUUGAUCUGCCUUUAGUCAUGUGAUGUGGAUAUAAUGAGAGCAGCUCUGCUGCUGGGCCCAUAAACAUAUCACUGUAGCAACCCCCACCCCCCAGUGCUGGAAAGCACGUCUGCAUGAUGUUGUUCAAUACAAAGUGGAUUAGACGUUACUUAGGUUGCUUUGGAAAUUAUUUUUAAUAUAUAUUUUUAUAUAUAUAUAUAUAUAUAUCUUUAUGGUGAGUACACAAGGAGGCCCCCUGGCAGUAUUUCACUCUUAAUAGCAUAGUGCCACAUUUCAGAUUUUUAAAGCAAUGAGUCUCUUAGUAUAAAAAAAACCUACCCAGAGCUAAUCACCGCAGACAGAGACACAACUUUAAAGGAGAACUAAACCAUAAAAAUUAAUAUGGCUAAAAAUGUCACAUUUUAUUUACUGAACUUAUUGCACGGUUUCAGCUUCUCAAUAGCAGCAAUGACCCAGGACUUCAAACUUGUCACAGGGGGUCACCAUCUUGGAAAGUGUCUGUGACACUCACAUGUUCAGUGGGCUCUGAGCCGCUGUUGAGAAGCUAAGCUUAGGGGAUGUCACUAAUUAUCAAGCAGAAAAUGAGGUUUGUCUGUAAUAUAAGCUGAUGCUACAGGGCUGAUUACUAAAUUCUGAUGCUAAUUGCACUGGUUUCUGUGCUGCCAUGUAGUAAUUAUCUGUAUUUAUUACUAAUCAGCCUUAUAUUGUGGCAUUUCUAUUCUAUGUGUACUGUAUAUUGUGAGUGGGUCCCUAAGCUCAGUAAGUGACAGCAGCACAGAGCAUGUGCAGUGAAUCAGCAGAAAAGAAGAUGGGGAGCUACUGGGGCAUCUUUGGACACACAUAUCUUCCCUGCUAAAGGGCCGUGGUUGCCUUGGGCUGGUAAAGAAGCCCAAAACAUAAUGUACAACAUUUCUAGCUACUUCUUUAGUUAAGCUUUAGUUCUCUAAACCAUAAAAUGAAUAUGGCUAUAAAUGUCAUAUUUUAUAUACUGAAUUUAUUGCACCAGCCUAAAGUUUCAGCUUCUCAAUAGCAGCAAUGAUCCAGGACUCCAAACUUCUCACAGGGGGUCACCAUCUUGGAAAGUGUCUGUGACACUCACAGUGUCAUGUGCAUGUGCAGUGAAUCAGUAGAAAAGAACAUGGGGAGCUACUGGGGCAUUUUUGGAGUCACAGAUCUUUACUGCUAAAAGGCUGUGGUUGCCUUGGGCUGGUACAGAAGCACAAAACAUCAUGUACAACAUUUCUAGCUACUUCUGCAGAGAAAAGAGAUGCAAAGAGGCUGACACUGUUUGCAUUUGUCCUCCAGCCUGUUGGGACAGUGUGGGAAGAUGGGGGGGACACAUUUACAAAGGGUGAUUCAGGGGCGUAACUACAGAGGAGGCAUAAACUGCGGCUGCAGGGUUGUCCAGGAGGUAUAGGGGCCCCAGGAGGCCCUAAUUCAUAUACAAUUUCAAUAAAUAUUGAUACAACAGUUCAACCUCUAUACAUUUUGGGGGCCUGAAAAAUAACUUGCUGUGGGGCCCAGUGAUAUCUAGUUACACCACUGGUGUGAUUAACCCUGAGUAAGUUUUUAGAGACACAGUGACAUGAUCCUGCUAAUAUCUUGAAUAUGUACUUUCCUUUUAAAUGGAAGUUCACCUGGGCUCUUCCUUCAGGAAUUACCCAGAAACAAAGGUCUGAUCAGUGGUAUUACCUUCAUGGGUUGCUCUCAUUCCCAUGGUCUGGAAGGGUGGCUCUUUUACUCUCCUAACAGAGGUCAAUGCAGUAGACUGCAGUCCAAGUCCCGCUCCUCUGCCUGACCAUGGGAAAGAAAGCAGCCCAGGAACAGGAAAUACAAGAAAACAGAUAAUUCAGUGAGCUUUUUAAAGAUUCACUGCACUGAUAGUUAUAAAGGGACACUAAUGCAAUAAUUCAUAUAUAUAUAUCAUGCAUGCCAUAUUAAACAAGAAGGGGCAAAUGGGUAACUUAUCUUAAAGCACAGUAUGAAAUGUUCCAACUGAUAUCAAUAUGUAUGUGAAAGGACUUAAACUGAGGCAGCCAAUCAGAAUUCACCUUACAGCAAACGUUCAUUGACUUUUAUUGAAUAGUCUGUGGGGUGUUACCUUUAUUAUAUACAGUAUAUAUAUAUAUAGUGUGCCAGUGCCUUGUGAUUCCUGAGUGACUGUGAGUCCUGCGCCACGCUACUCUAGAUACUAUGUAGUGCUAUGUACUAUUUACAAUCUGACAUUUUAUCCUGGAAGGCAAAUGUUAUUAUUCCAUUUUUAAUUAAAUCACACAGAAUUAUAUAAUUUUGGGCCGAUGUACAUACCCCCACCCCCAACAUCAAAUGUCUUCCCGAAGGCAAACGAUUCCAUUCCAUUAAACAUACAGUCGAACUCACUAUUUAUGAUAAACAACAGUGCCCUUCUUUCCAGCAGGGGCCGCUAAUAUAUUGGUUGGAGUGAAGAUAAAGGGUUAAUGACUAUGACAUGAAUACAUUAUGAGGAUGGGAAUAUGGGAUGCCAUGGAGCAACUUUAUAAUAAAAUGAGCGUUCAGUACUGGAACUAGAAAUACAGGGAGAUUUCCGUGUUCUUUAAAAAAAUGGUACUUUCCUGCAUUAGAGCUUCUUCUCCCAGCCUCAGGAAACUGAGAAUAGAAUAAGAACCUUAGUGAAUGAGAUGUCCUUUACUUGCUGUACCUCCUUUCAAUAUCAUGAUCUUAUUUUUUAUAUUCAGGAAAAGCAAUCAAAGGCACUGACACUGUUUAGCAUAUUGCUUAACCCUUGCACAUCUGUCCCAGAGCAAUAUAUAGAUAUAUAGAUAUAAAUGCAUAGAGAUAUUUAUAGUGUAGUCUCUGGGUAUGGCCUGAAAGUCCCACCUGUCCGCUAAUCCUCCACCUCAUUGUAUUUGUGAUGUCAUAUUUCAGAUGUUAACCCAUGCCUUACCCUGUCAGAGAUCCAUGGAGAUGAGUGCCUAAAAGCACAGGUGGGGGUUUAUGUAACUCCCAAGCACAGAAAUGGGCACUGACCUUUUGUAUAAGUUAAAUUAAAAAUGCAGCUAAAUGGGGGAAAUAUUACACCCACCUUUAAUUCUCUGCAUUUCUCUGCAUUUCCUGUUCUUGGGCUGUUCUCUUUCCUGCUGUCAGGAAAGGGUGGAGCUUGGACUUGACUAAGAACUGGGUAAGAAAACAGUGUAGCCUGGUGAAGCAAAAGUUCCCUCUAGUGGCCAAAGCUGCUUUACACUGCCCAUGCUCCCAUGUAGGACUUUGCUCUACCCCUUUAAUUCGCAUUUGUUCCUAUGGGUCGCUGUGACUCUCAGGCACCAAUACGAAUGGUGGAAAUAGACUUUAGAUAAGGGGUGGGUAGGUUUAGAGCACAAACGCUGAUCUGUACAGUAAGCACAAAUAUAACCCCAGAGUUAUAGUCAACAAUUUCCCUUAGCCAUAUUCCAACUCCUGGGUUGCUCUCUUCCCAUGGUCAGCCAGAAGGCCCGGAGCUUGGUUCUAACAGCUAAUUUGGUUAAAAUAUUGAUCAAAACAGGUCAUACACAGCAAAACAAAUCAUGACAGAGCCUUGGUCACUAAAAGUGGGGGCUCCAUACAUCAAACUACUUUAUAAUGCUUUUCCAUAGACGUCAAUGCAAUUAGAAAUCACCCACUUACUAUAGUGUCAGUAAAUGAGAGCAACCCAGCGACAGUGUAGAAAAAAAAUCUGUGUGUUUUACUACCUGCAACCAGCCGUGUGGAUUCACUUAUAAGUGACGAUAAAGCAAAUUUAAUGCCAAACAUAUUUACCCCCUUGAACCGAAACAAACAAAAAAUAGAUGUGGAUUUACUGUAAAAACAUGAAGGGAUUAGGUAAAUUUCCCCUUUAAUUAAUAAUCCCCAGUGCUACAAUUUGUAUAAAUAAAGCUGUGAAUAAGAAUGCCCUGCAGAGGACACCAGUAUAUUCCUAGGAGAGGUGUGUUUGUGGGGUGUUUAUGUAAGUCUUUAAUCUUGCCAGUGAUAUUGAAACCAAAUGUUUGUCAGAACCUAAAGAAUUCGGUAUUUUCUACUGUACUAGUCCUGAUUCUAUAGACUGUAUCCCCUGAAUGUACUGUAUAUUAUUCCACUGAGGUGCAAUAGCCCCCCCAAGGGUCAAGGGGGGGAACAACAAUCCAUGACCAAUAAAUAUUUAUUUCAAAGAACAAA